AUGCCAGCCUAUAAAAGCAACUUGGAAGUGCAGAUCAAGCAAGAUCAGAAGUAGGGGAUGGGUCUGAUUGAUCAUGAGCAGACUGACACGUUCCCAGUGUGGAAAUUUAAAGGAGGUUCAACCACGAUAUAUGAAGAGAAUCAAGUCUACACCGAGAGUGCUGAGAUGUUGCCCAAUAAGAAUCAGCUCCUUAAAGUGAGCAAAUCAAAAAAUCAAUACGAAAUCCUGUUGUCUGUAAUGCAGCCACCCUUCAUGGUGGUCAAGGACAUCAAAUCAUCCAAUGGGCCAGAAUAUCCCCUUGUAGUUAAUUCUAUCAUUCGUCUGGGAAGAGUUGAGUACAAGGUCAUUGAAGAACGCAAUAAACACUUGCAGACCUUCAAAGCUCCCUGCUCCAUCAAGAGCUCCUUCCUCAGCGACUCCAAUGUGACAUAUCAAUGUAAGUUUUGUUUCAUGGAAGGAAGGCAGAGCAAGGACCAACUCUUUCUUACUAAUAUCUGUCGUUGUGCUGGCAACGGAUAGGCUGUUCAUCUGGAGUGUUUGCGUUAUUGGGUAGAUUCAAAUAUCAACAAAGAAGUAACUCAAUUUGGUUUGACUCUUAAAUGGAACAAACAACACGAAUGUUCCAUCUGUAAAGAAGGUCUCCCAAUACGAGUUCAGUAUGAGGAUGAAUUCUACGAUCUUUUUACACUUGAACGCCCUGAUUUGCAAUACAUCCUUGUUGAAAACAUCAAUAAGGACAAGAAUUUAUGCAAUGAAGUCUAUUUAAUCCACAGUCUCCUCAUGGACAACAUCAAAAUCGGAAGAGGAUUCCAAAGCGACAUCAAAGCACAGGACAUCACAGUUUCUAGACACCAUGCCACCAUUAAAUUGACUGAUGGUAAUUUCGUAAUCUAGGACAACAAAAGUAAAUUUGGGACUCUUGUAUCCAUAGACAAGAAAGUUUCUAUUGAUUGUGCUGCUUGUAGUUUGUAGAUUGGCAAAAUACUAAUCAAUCUUAUUUAAGCUGAUUAAAUUUAAAAAGGUGCUCCUUCAACCUAACACAAACUUACUCAACUACCUUAAAUAAAUAAAUAAUUAGAUGAAGAUGAACCACAAAUGGAUGAUGAUUCUUUUCAAUUAGAAAAUAAAUGA